GGCUACGCCCCCAGUCGCCUAGGUGAUUCCCCCACAAUGCCCCGGUUCCAACGCUGGCUGUUUAAAGCUGCGUGCUGAGGUCGCUGCUGCUAAAGCACGUCACGCAGCCCGGCAGGAAGAUGGCGGCUCCGGGGGAAUACUUCAGCGUCGGCUCCCAGGUCUCAUGCCGGACCUGCCAAGAGACACGGCUGCAGGGGGAGGUGGUGGCCUUCGACCAUCAGAGCAAAAUGCUGGCUCUCAGUAUCCUUCACCGGAGCGUGACCUGUAUGGGGCGGUGUGUGGGGGGAGAGGAGGGCUGCCUGGGGUGGGGGGAGGGGGCAAGGUGCUGGGUCUGGGGAUUCUGACAAUGUGGGGAGUGCAGGUAUGAGCAAGGCCCAGAUUACCAGAGCCACACUCAGCCCUCCACUCUCUAGACACAGGAGCUGACACUCUAUGGGGAGGGCUGCCUGGGGUGGGGGGAGGGGGCAAGGUGCUGGGUCUGGGGAUUCUGACAAUGUGGGGAGUGCAGGUAUGAGCAAGGCCCAGAUUACCAGAGCCACACUCAGCCCUCCACUCUCUAGACACAGGAGCUGACACUCUAUGGGGAGGGCUGCCUGGGGAGGGGGCAAGGUGCUGGGUCUGGGGAUUCUGACAAUGUGGGGAGUGCAGGUGUAAGCAAGGCCCAGAUUACCAGAGCCACACUCAGCCCACCACUCUAGACACAGGAGCUGACACUCUAUGGGGAGGGCUGCCUGGGGUGGGGGGAGGUGCUGGGUCUGGGGAUUCUGACAAUGUGGGGAGUGCUGGUGUAAGAAAGACCCAGAUUACCAGAGCCACACUCAGCCCCCCACUCUCUAGACACAGGAGCUGACACUCUAUGGGGAGGGCUGCCUGGGGUGGGGGGAGGGGGGCAAGGUGCUGGGUCUGGGGAUUCUGACAGUGUGGGGAGUGCAGGUGUGAGCAAGGCCCAGAUUACCAGAACCACACUCAGCCCUCCACUCUCUAGACACAGGAGCUGACACUCUAUGGGGAGGGCUGCCUGGGGAGGGGGCAAGGUGCUGGGUCUGGGGAUUCUGACAGUGUGGGGAGUGCAGGUGUAAGCAAGGCCCAGAUUACCAGAGCCACACUCAGCCCUCCACUCUCUAGACACAGGAGCUAACACUCUAUGGGGAGGGCUGCCUGGGGUGGGGGGCAAGGUGCUGGGUCUGGGGAUUCUGACAGUGUGGGGAGUGCAGGUAUGAGCAAGGCCCAGAUCACCAGAGCCACACUCAGCCCACCACUCUCUAGACACAGGAGCUGACACUCUAUCUGGGGUGGGGGGAGGGUGCUGGGUCUGGGGAUUCUGACAGUGUGGGGAGUGCAGGUGUAAGCAAGGCCCAGAUUACCAGAGCCACACUCAGCCCCACACUCUCUAGACUCAGGAGCUGACACUCUAUGGGGUGGGGGGCAAGGUGCUGGGUCUAGGGAUUCUGACAGCGUGGGGAGUGUAGGUGUAAGCAAGACACAGAUUACCAGAGCCACACUCGGCCCUCCACUCUCUAGACACAGGAGCUGACACUCUAUGUGGAGGGCUGCCUGGGGUGGGGGGGCAAGGUGCUGGGUCUGGGGAUUCUGACAGCGUGGGGAAUGCAGGUGUAAGCAAGACACAGAUUAGUUAAGCCCUCCACUCUCUAGACACAGGAGCUGACACUCUGUGGAGGGCAGUCUUGGCUGAUUGAUGUUUGACCUUUAGCUGUAGUUAGACAGCUGUAGUGGUUAUGGGGGUCUGUGGAUUCUGACAAAGAGGGAAGUGCAGGUGUAAGCAAGGGCCAGUCUCUAGCUACAGGAGUUUACACUAUAUCAGGCUCCCCCAAAUUCUGGCAUUUCAGAUGUUGCAGAACUACAACUCCCAUGAUUCUGAGAAUCAUGGGAGUUGUAGUUCAGCAACAUCUUGAGGACCAGAGUUUGGGGAAGCCUGCUCUAUAUGAUGGGCUGUACUAGUUCAUUGAUGUCUCACAUUUAGAUCUCCACUGGUCACAAUGUUCAGCCAGCCAGAAUCUGGUGUGCCAUUAUAUACCUAUAAAUUGCUGUUAUGUGUUUCAAAAAAUAUAUUUAUUUUUGUUUAUAGGGAGGGAUUGGUGUGGGUGACCUGGGGGAGGGGAAGCUAUGAUUGGUGGUUAAAAAAAAAAGAAGAGAAUUCACAGUUCACCUUAGAAUAAAAUGGAUAAAUUGAGAUUUGGUGCAGAGUUGCUGGUUACAGUAUUCAGCAGGAGAUUUUAUUUUUUCCUCCAAUGGGGUACUGCAGAAUACAUAUAUUUAUUGUUAGGUAGGAGUUUAAGAACUUGUCUGUGUUUUUGUAUUUUACCAAAAAUUUUUUUAGUUAGAGUAGCACAGUGUCCCCUGUGUUUCAUGGGUACAGUAUUGUGAAAUGGUUUGCAUUGUCGCUCAGUGAAACUACACUUUUCAUGUCACAAAUAUAGGAAUGUGUCUAGGGGAUUAUGCUGAUUAGGGCUAGUCAUUGAAGAUUGUAUUAUCAAGCCAGUUGAUAGGACAUAUAGAUUAAGUUGCAAAUGAGUUAUGUGUAUUUUCUUUCUAUCAAGGAUAUUUUAAAAAACACAUGUAUACAUGUGUUCUCAUUGUUCUAAACGGCUUUUCUGAGCCCAACACUAUUUAUUUGCAUGAUCACACUACUCCAAAUAGUUAUGAAUGGUUUAAGUCGAGGAUUGAGACUGUAAGCUCGUGAGCCAUCUAUCUUCGUAAUUUUCAUUACAUAUCCUCUAUUCCUUUUUCUAUUGGCAUCUCUAUGCUGUACUGUCCAUUUUCCUCGAAUGUACAACGCUUCAGUGUGUUGGUGCUUUUAUAAAUAACUCCUCUUAAGCCCUCACUGUAUUCUGUUUUGUUCCAAAGUUAUUGAUGGGCAGAGUUAAAUGGAGCAUAGUUAGAUGGGGGUUUAAUUGACUUAUUUUCUUAAUGAUGGUCUAAUUGUUUAAAAUUAGUGAUCUGAUCUUCUUGAUGCAUUGUCGUUUACGUAGAAACUCACAUUUGUAUUUAUUUACUUUGGUGUGUGUGUGGUGGGUGUGUGUAUGUAUGUAUAUCUCUCUAUCUCUCAGUUCAGUGUAGCUUUAAAGAAUUGCUCAGUUCACAUUUUUCAUUUAAACUUGAAAGCAAGCAGAGGUUAAUGUUGGCUCUCUGCCACUCCUGUUCCCAAACCUUGCUUUGCAGGUUUCUUUAUGGCUGAGAUUACCUUGCAAAGUCCUUUCGUUUAGUCAUCUAACUUGUAUAGAGCUAGCUUCCCAGAAUGUAUUUUGGGAAAACUCCUUACAAUCUUAAUGCUAAACAGACUUCCUGGGGCACUGAAUGGACUGUUCAGACACCUGGACAGCAUUUACGCAUAUGAAAGCUUUACUGUGUUACAGUGCAUAGAUAGUUACUUGUAGAUGAAUGUCCUUUCUACCUAGCUCCACUUCCCUGAUCUAAAUUUUAAAAGAGAACCCUUGAAUAGAGUAACUUACUCAUAAUAUCUUGUAGUAAAUAUUUCAUAGUCUUUCCUGUGCAUGUCUAAUGCAUCUCUUGGAGUGAAUAUUCGUCUCCAAACCUCACCUCCAGUCCUUCAAGCAUCUUGGUGCUGAUUUUAUUAAUAGUUUUUUUUUUUUUUUAAGCUGUAAAUUAGGCUUUAUAACUAAUUACAGGGCAUUACACUAGCGUGUUCCAUAAUGCUAUGUGAACAGCAAGAUUGGCUGGGAGACCUCAGCCAUUCCUGCACAACGGCUUGUUAACUUAGAAGUUUCAAGACCCGAAAUCUGUUGAUAAAGGAAUUCAUUUUCUUUAAAUGCCUUAUUUUUUUAAUUUUAUUUUAUUUUUUUAAAACCCCAAUCUAUUUAUUUAAUGCUGUGUACACACAUGCAUAAUUGUUGGGAAAUCUAGUGUCGUUUUCAGAGGCUUGCAUACGCAUCAGAAAAGCUGUUUCCUCGACCGCAGUAGAGAAGCCACUUGCCUCAGCAUCAAAACUACGCACUAGCCCAUGGCUUUCUUUAUUGCUGCCUAUAGUGGCAACAUUUAUUUAGAUGGGUUUACAUUGGUGAGGUCACUUGUCACUGUUAUUACAAGAGUGUAUGUGUUCAUGGGGGAAAAAAAAGUGACUGUCUUAUUAACACAGGUAUCAUUUUGGGAGUCUUGCAUAAAUUUGUCAUCCUUUACUGGCCCCUUAAUAUUUUACUUAUAUCAAAUUGCCUCAUUUGACCUAAUUAUGGCAAUGGCUAGUCUGUGCAUCUUGAACUUGUGCGCCAAGUGUUUUGAGGCUAUAUCCAGUAUCUGUUCUGUCACUUUUCACAUCCGUGCAUAGCAGAGAUGUUAAACUUCAGCCAUAACCGUUAUAUAUGCUUUCUCUGGGAUAUGUAAAAUGAUUGGAAUACUUUGCUGUCAAUGUAUACUUUGUGUCCUGGUUAGAUUUUGUGCAUGGUUUCUUCCGAUCUAUGGCUUGCCAACCCUAGCUGUAUCUUCCUCCUGGAGGAAACUGCGUCUGUGGUUUUUUUUCCUUAACCUUUCUUCUACAGAAUGCCCCUCCACUAGCGGGAAACCUAAUCACGCUGACAUUUUACUGCUCAACUUGCAGUAUGUGUCUGAUGUAGAGGUACUGAAUGACCGCACACAGACUCCUCCUCCGUUAGCCAGCCUAAACAUAAAUAAGGUAAGGAAAUUGGGUGUUUGUUUAUACGUAUGUAUGUGUAGAUUUAUAGAUUAAAGGGACACCGUAGGCAUUGUAUCUGCUUCAUCUCAUUAAACUGGUUAUAGUGUCUGGAGUCCCCUGGUACCAUAAUUUCUUUCAGCAUUAAACAGUUUUUAAUGUUGUAAUGUUUUAAUGCUAAACAAGAGUCCACGGCAGUCUAUCCCCUCUUUGCUGCUUUGGCUAAUAAGGAAGUAUUCCCCUGAGAGGCAAUGGGCAGCUGUGAUUGGCUGAGAGUGUCAGCUGACUGCUUUUAACCUGUCAGAGCGCAAACUGAUGGGUAUGACAACAAGGAAGUGUGUAAUCUCUGCCUUAGCUACACAUACAGAAAGGGUCGGACUGUGGGUGGCUAAGGGACUCUUAUUUUGUGGCAUAAUGCACAAACAUGGUGCAACACUGAAUGGAGGGACAGUGCCAGGCCACUCCAGGCACUAUAACCAAUUCAAAGAGACAAAGUGGUUAUAGUGACUACAGUGUCCCUUUAAUCUGUGACAUCUGAAAUAAUUGGCAAAGUUUGAGAUUCUUGCAUUUGCUACUGGUUAAUAUCGCUAACAACUUGUACAGGAAGUUAAACAAAAUAAACACUGACCGUUACUGGCAUCAUAACCACUACAGCAUAAUGCUUUAAAACUGUAUUAUUUGUUACAUGUGGUGAGCUGGGUGCCACUGUCCAUCUCCAGAAUGUCGGUCAGAGAGCUGGAAGCUCCUAAGCAGGAGUUGUCUUUCCUGGGCUAAGCCAUGCAGUGCAGCUGAUCUCUCUCAGCCAAUUAGCUAAGCCCUGCACGGCUGGUCUUCACUCAGAGAGCUACUGGCUCUGGCGGUUCUAGUGUACAUGGCAAGUGGCGUCAUGCCAGACCUCGGGUAAGGCAUCAAAAAAAUUUUUUUUAAAUGGUUUGGCUACUUACAAUGGUGGGGGUGGGGGGCAGGUUUCAAAGCAUUACUUGCACCAUAACUACUGAUGCUUGCUUUAGUGGUAUUGUGCUAGGAUUGUUCCCUUUAAAGGAUGUGCUACGUACCAUAAAUUGUGCAGUACCUGCAACCUAUGCGAUUAUAGGGUGGACCGUUUGGAUUAAUAAUGCUGAAAUGAAAUCUUGCAAAUUAUUAAUGGGUCAUAUUUCGGGUGCGCGGCAGAUCCCCAGCUUUGUCAGAGAACUCUUAAUUGUUUUGAAAAAAGAUGAGACUACACCAUAACCACUGCAAUGAGCUGUAGUUAUGUUAGUUGGUGGCAAUUCAAUUUUAACAGGAGGAGGAAAUAACUUUUUUUUUUUUUUUUUUUUUUUUUUUGGAAUAGUAGUGUUAAUUGUAUUGUGCACUACCAUGGUGAGACAGUGUAUCUUCUACAUCUUCCUGGAAAUGCUGGGGCAACACACAUUCACGAAAACCCCUCAAAAUGCCCUCCUGGAGAGUGAAAGAGAAACUCAUGGAAUUAGUUUACUUUUUGCCAUCAAGCACAAUGAACAUCUUAACUUCACUUCCUGUAUUUUUAAGAAGGGGAAACGAUCUGGUUUAAUUUCCUUCAGGCACUAAGAGUAGGCUGUAGUUUAGUAAAUGUUUCAACUCUGAGUCAUACUCAGUUCUUAUUUAAUAUUAUUUUAUAGAUCCUGUAUUUGAAAUAAGGCUUUUGUCAAAGGUAUUUUGAAAGGUUUAAUGUAUUUUUUUUUUUUUUUGUCCCUUCUCAUAAAUUUUUUUUUUUUCUUCCUUUUUUAAAUGUAUUUAUUUUCUUCCCCAGUAUGAUAGAUUUUAUGGAUAAGCACAUGCUCAACAUUUUUGGCAAGUUCAAAUUUCUCAGACAAAUGUAGAAUUGCCCUUUACUGCCUCUGAAGAUUGUGGAUCCAAGGUGGCCAUUAUAUACGCAGUUGUAAGCUACAGUAGUCAUUGCUGACUGUCUGGAGUAAAAAGAUUAGUAACUGGCUAGCUUUGCGAUUUAGCAUUAAGUUCUGACACUGCAAAGGGUUACUCCAACCAAAAGUGUUUGGUUUUAUUUAUUUAAAAAAUAAAUAAAUAAUAAAAAAAUAAUAAUAAUUUAGAGUAUCAUUUUUCCUUAACUCUGUUUUAGCGCCCUGGCCUAGUCCUCUUCUUAGCCGCAUCCUUCUCGGCUUGCAUCACUCGUUGGCGGGCAGGACAUGGGUGUGCUGCCACUGACUGUAUCACGCCAGUAUGCUUUCCGUGUUGGCGUCAGAAUUACAUUUUGCACAGAACUGACACUAUCCAGCCUAGAAUUUAAAUUACAUUUUACUUAUUCCAGACUGGUUAAUGGCAGUGCUGGGUGAGUGGUUACACCUCCAGCAGCCAAAAUGUCAAUUUCUGCAAAUGCAGACUCCUGGAGCAUUAAGCAUUUCAAAUCAGGGAAGUGGUAAUGGUGCUUGGAGUAAAAAUUUAAUUCAUGGGAACACAUUUUGGAAAAAGUUAAGGAAGGAAAAGUAGAUGCACACUGGUACCUAGUAAUGACCUAGAGGAGGUACAUGGCUAGAGAUAAAAAACAAAAUCCAGUGAAUCGAACACAAAAUUAUAUUCACUUGUGCGUGCUGCUCUCUCAAACACUUACCAUUUAGUAAAUAACACAUAGUAACUUGACCAGAUAAAUGGUACAAAUUACUAGAAUUGGGUUCAGAGUUUAAUCAAUGGAAGCUAUAGUAAACAAAAAAUGGCAGUUCACUCACAAACGUGUGUUUUUUUUUUUUUUUAAUUUGAGUGCAGCACAAAUGGCGACGUGAAGAUUAAAGGGGAUGUCUGGUUCCAAUAUGCAUUUAUUUAUCUUGCAAAGAAAAUCUGUUUUGCUCCACUUGGCUGAGCACAGUCUUGUAUCAGGGGACCUAAGUAAAUUGUCAAAGCAUUUUAGAACAGUUUACUCUGCGAAGAUGCUAGGGCACCCUUUGUACCAUAAUCACUGCACAGACCUGCAAAUCCUAUAUCUUGAAUAGGAUUCCAAUCCAUUAUUGGCUGACUUUUUUUUUUACCAUAAAACAAAUUGCUGCAAAUUCUUUUUUUACUUUAACCACCAGGACCACUUCUGAAUCUUUGAAGGGGUCAUGGUAAAAGGUCAGGAUGUGCAGUGAAACUGCUUGAAACACUACACAUCCAGGGAUACUUUUUAAUUGUGUGCUGCACCCCUAGCUCAUGUGACAUAGGCAGGCCAGAACUCUGUUUUGGGAUGCCUGUUAAUUCUGUACAGAUUUUUACAUCUGGUAUCUGUGCAUACUGCCAACAGAACUGGUCUCAGCCAAUCCAAUGGUUUCCUAUGGGAGACUAUUGAAUCUAUGCAACUCUAUGGAGAGCGUUCAGAGGCACAAUGCAGAGCGUGGAGACUCUAAACGUCUGAGCUACAUAUUGUGCAGUCCUGACCCUGGAAGCACCUCUAGUGGCAGUCUGAGUGACUGCCGCUGGAGGUGUCCCUAGGCUGUAAUGUAACACUGACUAGUAACUGCAGAGUUUACGUGAAAAUGCCUGCAGGGACAUACUACACUCAACCGCAGAACUAUAUUAAACUAGUUCUGGUGACUAGAGCGUCCCUUAAGCUUGCUUUUGGGGAGUGGGUAUCCUAUAGAAUGAAAACAGGGUAUUAUUCUAAUACUCAUGAAAGUGUUGGUGGAACCCUUUUAAGGAAACAAGACUUCAAUUACUUUGAAUUCAAUAUUUGUUUUAACCAAAUUUACAACUAAUUACAUUGUCUGCAUGCAGCAGCAUUAAGACUUUCAUAUCCCUGUUGCUGUAGCUCUUAAUGCACUUUACUAUCCUGCUCUUCUAUACACUGUGAAAUGCAAAUUAUUUCUAUAACUAUUUUUCUUGGAAAAACAAAACCCUUGUCCACCAGACCACCACUUCAUCUCAGUGAAGUCGUUUUGUCAUUUAAGAGUGUGACAGCCACUAGAAGAGCUUCCUCGUCCAUGCAGAGUAAUACUGUCUGGGAUUCAAGUGCUAUUGACAUCCGCAUUUGAUGCCAACAUGUGCAUACCUCCAAUCCAUUGCUUCUCUGAGGAGCAGUGGAUUGGAGGAGAUGGCGAAGAUAUCAGUUGGGUAGUCUCUGAUGAAGGAAACUUUAAAGCAGGGGUGCCUAUAAAAGAGGUUCCCCCCCACCCCCCAGAUAUGUUAAAAUACAGCUUCUGUGACGCUUUGUCAUUCUAAAAGCAUGCACAGCAUCUUGAGAGCUGUAGUUCUACAACAUUGGUGGAUUUGUCAUGUGGUCACCGAAGCUUUAAAGGCACCUAUAGAAAAGGGGGAGGUGGACAGAAGGGAACCUAUAGUCCAGAAAGAGAUAUUUUUUUAUUUUAUUUUUUCUUCAGACUUUAGGGUUCAUUUAACUAGCCUGGACAGUGGAAAGAAGGGCCAUCUGACUGCAUUAGUGAUCACCUAUCCUAUAUUUCUUUAUUGGUGUCCCUCACUCCAGAAGUUAUUCAAGUUUUAAGAAACUCAUGUUAUGCAGUGAUCAUUCUCUGAACGCUCCCUGUGAUCUUUUAGGUACCUUGCAGUUUGCCAUUUGUAAAUGGUAGAAUACAGACAAAGGCCCUUAAAGGACCUCUCUAGGCACCCAGACCACUUCAGCUUAAUGAAGUGGGCUGGGUGCCUGGUCCCUCUAGGAUUAACCCAUUUUUUUUUUUAUAAACCUAGCAGUUUCAGAGAAACUGCUAUGUUUAUAAAUAGGUUAAUCCAGCUCUCAAAUCCUCUAGUGGCUGUCUGAGUGUUUUCCUGGCACUAUAGUGGUCCUUUAAGGCAGGAUUGGAAUUUGUCUUGUUUUAAAGUCAGACUUGUCUUCCUGGUAGCACGGUUUCAGCCGAUUGGCUCAUGUCUGCUUUUAGUAAGGUUAAAUGUAACUAUGUAAAAAUUGUUGCGACUCAGAGUGGAACGGUUACUUUUAUGAAAGCGACAAUUCCUCAUUCUCACAUCGCAGUAAAUGUGAUUUGAAAUGUUUUAUAUAGUUAGUGCAGCGGAAGUAAUGUGUUUUUUGUUAAACACCACCGGGAAGUUGGUUACGCUAUACAAAUUCCAACAUUCAAAAAAAAAAAAAAAAAAGCAUUUUAGAAAAGAACAUCCCACAUCAAAUUCUCCGGCUGUGUAACCGUUGCUUUAAAGCAUCAUUCAGCACCGUAACCACUACAUAGCUCUGUUGGUUAUGGUGCCAGAAGUUCCCUGGCGUCCCUAACUCCAUGUAAGUAGUCAAACUGUUCUGACUUGACUUUUUACACAGUCCAGUGGGCAGUGCUUGAUGCCUCCUAUCUGGUUGGACGAUCUCUCUGAGCUGAGCUUGUUGGUGCACUGACCUUCUCGGCCAAUGAGCCAGCUUUUGGAAGCUCCCAAGCAAGAGAGCUGGUGGUCAGCAGAUCCCUGGAAUGUAUUCCUUUUAAGGACAUUUGUGGGUAUCUGUUUGGGGUUCAGUAAGGAGACUUUGUAUUUCUCUCUACCUUUUUAUUAUACUGUUUAUGAAGACCAGUUCCUCUCUAUUCAAGUCUCUAUUUAACCUUGAUAGCUGAAUAUCUAACAUUUCUACUAAGUAGGAAUUACAUUUUAAUCCAGGGAAAUCACCCUUAUUACAUGUUGUUACUUGUAAUGUUUGGGUUAAUUUUGCAGUUAAAGGGAUACUCCAGGCACUGAGACUACUUCUGCCUAUUGGAGUGGCCUGGGUGCCAACUCCUACUACUCCUAAAGGACCACUCUACGCACCCAGACCACUUCAGCUUAAUGAAGUGGUCUGGGUGCCAGGUCCAGCUAGGCUUAACCCAUUUUUUCAUAAACCUAGCAGUUUCAGAGAAACUGCUAUGUUUAUGAAUGGGUUAAGCCUUCCCCCAUUCCAUCUAGCGGCGGUCUCAUUGACAGCCGCUAGAGGCGCUUGCGUGCUUCUCACUGUGAUUAUUUUAUUUUUUUAAUUUUUUUUCACAGUGAGAGCACGCCAGCGUCCAUAGGAAAGCAUUAUGAAUGCUUUCCUAUGUGACCGGCUGAAUGCGCGCGCAGCUCUUGCCGCGCGUGCGCAUUCAGCCGACGAGGAGGAGAGCUCUCCGCCCAGCGCUGGAAAAAGGUAAGAUUUAACCCCUUUCCCCCUUCCAGAGCCGGGCGGGAGUGGGACGAGUGUUUUCCAGGCACUAUAGUGGUCCUUUAACCCUGCAAGGUAAUUAUUGCAGUUUAUGAAAACUGCAAUAAUUACACUUGCAGGGUAAGUCCUCCUCUAGUGGCUGUCUUUCAGACAACCACUAGAGGUACUUCUGUUUUCUUAGAAUACGAAAAGUGUUUUAAGCAAUGCUGGAUGUCCUCAUGCUAUCUGAGGACCUCCAGCGUUGCCAAAAUCCCCAUAGGAAAGCAUUAAAUAAUGAGCUUCCUCGUCCAUGCAGAGUAAAACAUUACAUUAUUUGAAUAAUGCUUUCCUAUGGGGAGGUCUAUGCUGCACAUGCGAUUUAGGUCUCCUGCGGUGGGGGAGGAGAGUAGGCGGCGCCUGACCAGCUCUGAGGGACAUCGGUGCUGGGUUCCAGUAAGCAACUUGGGAUGGGGCUUGGGAGGGAGAGGGGCACUACAGGGUCCUGCAGUGCCAGGAAACGGUUUUCCUUGCACUGGAGAAUCCCUUUAAGGAUCUCUCUGGUAAAUUUAAUGUUGCAGUGGUUAUUGUGGGGUGCCAACUUGUAUUCUACAAUCCUUCCAUACAAUGAGUUAUACCAUCUCAUAUGGCUCCUAAUACAAGCAAUUACAGCUAAACGCUGUUACUGAUAUUGAACAUUUGUAUGUGUAAAUGUAACAUUUAUUAUCAAACUGUAUUCUUUAAACUUGAGCAUGACAGUACUUUUUAUUGUAGACAAACACUGCAACAUCUGCCAGUAAUCUACUGUGGUCUUCUCACACUCUCGCUUUCUUCUUUUUAGCUUGCAAGCAGAGCUCGACAGGAGAAGGAGGAGAAGAUGAGCCAGGCGUACGCCAUCAGUGCUGGAGUGUCCGUGGAUGGACAGCAACUAUUCCAGACUAUACACAAGACGUAAGUCUGGUUAAAGUAAUCUGUGGCAAAGGUUAACAUAGUGGGGCUGAAUUGCAACAUUUAAACAAAAAUAACAAAUCUGGAGUGAUUCUCCAAAGCUACUAUUGUUGCCACUUGGUACAUUUUGUCUAAAUGUUCACUCUUAUCACCUAAACCACCAAUCUUAAAGGACCACUAUAUUGCCCUGAUGGUGCCCCCACCCUCAGGGUCCCCCUCCCGCCCGGCUCUGGAUGGGGGGAAAGGGGCAAAAACUUACCUUUUUCCAGCGCUGGGCGGGGAGCUCUCCUCCGAUCCUCCUUCUCCUCCCAUGCGGCUGAAUGCACACACGCGGCAAGAGCUGAGCGCGCAUUCAGCCGGUCACAUAGGAAAGCAUUAUCAAUGCUUUCCUAUGGACGCUUGCGUGCUCUCACUGUGAUUUUCACAGUGAGAAGCACGCAAGCGCCUCUAGCGCUGUCAAUGAGACAGCCGCUAGAGGCUUUGGAGGAAGGCUUAACCCAUUCAUAAACAUAGCAGUUUCUCUGAAACUGCUAUGUUUAUAAAAGAAUGGGUUAAGACUAGCUGGACCUGGCACCCAGACCACUUCAUUAAGCUGAAGUGGUCUGGGUGCCUAGAGUGGUCCUUUAAUUAAGCGUUUUUUUGGUGCAUAUAUGCUGCCUUUAUUAUCUGAACACUGUCAAAAUGUUUUCUUAGAAAUGUCACUGUUUACGUUUUCCACAAUGUAUUUAUCAACCAGAAAGCCAUUUGAGCCUUUUCCUCAUUCAUAUCGUUUGAAGGUAUUCAUGUUCAAUGGGAUUAUGCACUGUGAAUUUUUUUUAAUUUAAUUUUUUUUUUAUUGAAGUGUUCCUUUUUUAAAGCUCGCAAUUUGAUGAUUGGUGAAUAAACCUAAUGUUAGUGAUUGUUCAAGUGAUGGGUCCUAUAAAUGGGCCUUGCAGUCGUAUCUGUGGGAUCCUGUGUAAAUCAUAUGUAGCCCUCUUUCUAGCUCACUAGAUGCCCUUUGUCAUGUUUUAAUAGCGGUUCUAUAACUGUUCUUAUUCCCGUAGUCCUUCAAUAUUAGAAGUGCUCCAUUUCUGUAUGUAACCUGCAGCUCACAACUGUUCAUCUAUCAUCAUACUAUGGCUCUUGGUGUUAAGAUUUUAGAAAUGCUUAAAUCAUAGUAGUUUUUCAUGGAACACUAUGGACACCAAUACAACGUAAGUGAUAUGUUGUUACUUCAUAUUCAUGCUACAUUUAUUUAUUUUUGUCUCCCUAUACAAAUAUCUUUUAGUUUUGGAAAAAAAUGGUUUCUACAGCUGAAUCAUUCCCCUUAGCCAUGCUUUCUUGAUUUACAAAAUGUCUUCCUGACUUGAAAGUAUGUAGUGUAGUUCAACCAAUAAGAGUCUGCAAUGUUGACCUGUUUCUUGUCAAACGACCAAUCCCUGUUCUCUCAUUUGACUAGUAUUACAAAGCUAUCCCCAGAAAAGGAGGUUGAUCUCACAUUGGCUGAGUAAUAUUCAGGAAAUAAAUGUGACUGUGGCUUGCUGAGGGAGUAUGGGGAUGCUAAAGAAAAUGCCCAUGUUUGCGGGAAUAGCUUGUUUUGUCUUAAACGGCAUUUUCACAUGUGUAAUGAGAGCUUUAUGAAACAGAAUAAAACUUGAGCCAUUGGUUGCUUAGUGCUUUAGGUCAGUCACAGGCCAUAAAAUACACAGCUGAGAAUACACAAAUUUGUCAGCUGUAAAAUAGACAUCUGAGUGAUUAAAGUUAAACCAGGCAAGUUCCUAUUUUCCCUUAUUUACUUAGAAAUUACGGUAUAGGCAACCAGACCACUUCAUCUCAUUUAAGUGGUCUGGGAGCAGUCUCUGUGUGCCCUUAACCCUGCAAUGUUAAUUAUUGCCGCUUCUGAGAAAGAAACCGCAAUUAUUUAAUUGCAGGGUUAAGGCUGCCUCUAGUGGCUUUCAAUUGGUCGCCUAACUUUUGGUCCCUAAUUGAUGCUGGGCGGCAUCGCACUCUGCAUGAGGACAUCCAGUGUCAGUAAAAUCCCCAUAAGAAAGCAUUGCUGACCCAGCGCGAUGGGAGAUUGGUGCUUGAAUUGGGUAGGCACUGUAAGGGUUUUUUUUAUUUUAUUUUUUUACCCUUCUGCUGCGGAGGGAGGCGCAAGGGAGGAGGCAGAAGGAGCUAUAGUACUAGGGAUACAGAUUUUAUUCCUUGCCUUAUCGUAACCCUUUAAAAAUAUUUUUGUGCAAAAGCAGUAAUGCCCUUUAGAUCUCCAUGCUUCUGAUUUUAGUACUGAUCUUUAUACAUUCUUUAUUUUUAAAGAAUACUGUCGGGUUCUGUUCUGGGUUGUCUUUUUAUAAGAAUAAAAACAAAAAAAUUUAACAUUUUUCCACUGCCCCUCCCUUUGAGCCCAAUGUUGGCAUACAUUUUCCAUGAUCUUGGGUCGGAAAUUGGCCAGGCCAUGAUCACCCUCUGAUCUGCAGACAGAUGUUCAUGUGUCGACAGCCGUAGUUAAAAGGAUCUAAAAGUUCCUUAAAUGUUUCUGUGGCUGGGUCUGUGAGCAUGAUCUUGGGUUGGAAUACAGCUGAUUUCGACACUCUGGUCACUGAAAGUGGAUGCCCAUAAGAAACCUUACCUGACAACUACCUUGGAAGCAAUCUAAACUUUAAAAAAAAAAAAAAAAUUUUUUACAAUUUUCCUUUUAAGAGUAGGAUCGUGACUAUUUACGGAUUGCUAGUAAGAACGUCUUUUGGCACUGUGUAAUUUGAUUCAUGAGUAUAGUGAAUCGUGUUCAAGGGGAAAUUAAGUUUCUCAAAAAUUGAGAUGCUGACCGUGUCUGACCCCCACGUUCUAGGUUUAAAAUGUAUCUCUUGUAAUUUUCCUUUACAGCCGAAGAUUAAGAGUGGGAAGUCUUCUUUCAUUGUAGUCACCCUGACUAUUUCUUACACUCUGUAAAGGAAAUAACCACUCUUGCCUCUGAAAGCCUUGUCUUGCAGCCUUCUUUUGAACAUUUUCAUAUUCAAAAUCAAUUUGAUUCUCGAAAUACUUCAAUGGGAAUAGUACCCAAUUGUGUGUGUAUUUUAAUGUCUGUAAACCGUAGGCACUGCUCUUUUCAUUCAAUAUUGCACUCCAUAGGAAGUCAUGUAAUCCCUACAACAAGCCCUAAAUCUCUACACCUUAGCUAAGUAAGAUGGGGAAGUAAUACCACUACUUUUGGAUUCACAACUUUGACAGCAUGUCUUAAUGCGGGGGCGGUGCCGAAUACCAAAUCUCCUUGCAUCUAACCCCUAUGUUAAUUAAAAAAAAAAAAAAAAAAAAAUUGUAGUUAUGGUCUUUUUCAAAUUUCUUUCCUCCAUACAGUUAAAACCUUACAUUAUUUGGCCAGGUGUGUGUUUUUGAAAUUCAUCUUUAUAUGAACCCAGUGUAAUAUACAUUGUCUACAUGUCUGUGUUUUUAAGCCUAGUUCUGUGAAGUGCAGUGCUGAUCUUAUGUGCAAGCAGCUGGGUUUUAACAUGACUAAUUCCUUCGGUUUUCCCUCUCUUCUUUCCAGGAUAAAGGACUGUAAAUGGCAGGAAAAAAAUAUAGUAGUCAUGGAGGAGGUAAUUAUAUCUCCUCCUUACCAAGUGGAGAACUGCAAAGGAAAAGAGGGUAGCGCUCUCGGACAUGUCCGCAAAGUAGUAAGUAUUGAGGGCUCUGGAUAUUUUCUACAGAUUUGCAGCUGUCUUGUAGUCCAUGCACUGAUGGUCUUUCUUAUCCAUGUGUCUAGAUUAGACAUGCCUUCUUAAAUUUCAAUCUACUCUAGAAUCUUAGUCAAAUAUGUAGCUUGAGCUAAACAUUUUAUAAUCGUCCACCCCACAUUUAAUCACUCAUGUGAUAUAAUUAUUCUUUUACCUCCUGCUCACCUGUGUUCAUUUUGUUUUAAAGACAGAGUAGCUUUGGAGGUCUGCAGCACUGACCCUGAUGUGUAGUGAGGAGAGUAGUGUCUUUUUUUUUUUUUGAGCACUCCACUAGCGAAUGGCAGUGCAUAUGACUUCUCAACCUCUAAACACUGGCAGAAUAUUAAAAAUAGGGUGCUUGGUGGCCAUCGUCUGUGUCUGGUGUUACAUGUAGCUCAUACGCUGGACGAGCUCAUGUGGCAUUUUUUUCUCUUAUUUUUUUCUUUUUUUCUGUGUAUAGAUGUGUAAAGUUGUAACUACUUGUAUAGCUACACAGAACCAUGGACGGGAUACUUUGUUAAUUUUUAGGAUUCUCUAAAAUGGUAAUAUUCUAAUUCUUUCCUUAAUCUGUGUCUUAAAAACAGGUUGAGAAACAUUUUAGAGAUGUCGAAAGUCAGAAGGGGGUGCAAAGAAACCCUAUCCAGCCUGCACAGAAAGAGACCAGUACGUCCUCCUGAGCCCUGCACCUACGUUGGAUUCACCUUCUCCUGAGCUACCUGCUCUUCUCACCACCAGGGUGGGAGCCCUGACGAGAGCCAGAAGGGGUGGAUGACACACAGGGGUGUGGUGAACAAGAAGUGGGGUGGGAAAGGGUAGCUUUUAUUUCCGGACUAGUUCCUCUCAACCCUUUCCUUGAAUGGCCAUUAUUCUUAAUAUGGCUUUCAUAGGGAAGGGGUUGAGGGGCAUACUGAGCUAUAGAAGACUCAAAGGGCUCCAGUUUCUUUUUAGCCGGUCCGGCUUGAAUUCGGAAUUACCCUUCGGCAUUGCAUUUCUUCCACAUCGGAUUUUUUUUUUUUUCUCUUCCCUCCCUUUCCUACUUGUGUUUUAUUUUUUAUCUCUUUUGUGUAAAAGUUAUGUUUUCUCCUCUCCUCCUCCGUUGCUGGUGGAAAUCUCAACUCUUUCUCUGCCAGAGGGCCCAGGUGAAGCGUGGCUUGUCCCCCUCUGACUGUAAAAGAGUUAUAAAAAUUGCCUUUCAAAAGUAUAAUGAAGAAGGAAAACAGAAAAAAAAAAAAAAAAUAAAAACAGAAAACAAGUAAAAAUUGUCUGCAGGUUAAUUUUUAAAGGGUUGUGUUUGUAAAGAACGAAACUGCAUUAGCACUUGUGGACCAGACUGAGAUGUCAUGGGAUUUCUCA